AUGGUUAUUUUAGGUGUCAAAAACUAUAAAUUUUGUUUAGAAAAUUGUUAUGUUAAUUCACCCUAUAAAUUUUGCACUCUAUAAAUUGUGAAUGAAAAUCUCUCUUGUCCCCACACAUUUUACUUUUCCCUCUCAUUACAAUGGCCAAUUCCACAAGUCUCACAUCCAUUUUCACCAUCAUCGUUCUCAACCUAAUCUUAUCAUUUGCUAGCGCAAAAUCUUCUACCUUCUAUCAAAACCUAUCCCCGAAGUCUUUGGGGCUGAAGAAGGAGAAGCUCAGCCACCUUCACUUCUUCUUCCAUGACAUUGUCAGCGGCCCAAACCCCACCGCCGUCAGAGUGGCGGAGUCCCCUUCCACAAACUCUUCCUCCACGCUUUUCGGAUUCAUAGCAAUGAUCGACGACCCAUUGACUGUGGGCCCCGAACCGGAAUCCAAAAUGGUGGGAAAGGCUCAAGGAGUAUACGGAUCUGCAUCCCAAAACGAACUGGGUCUAUUGAUGGUAAUGAACUUGAUGUUCACGGAAGGGAAAUAUAAUGGCAGCACACUGAGCUUGUUGGGGCGGAAUGCGGUGUUCUCUAGCAUAAGGGAAAUGCCAAUAAUCGGAGGAAGUAGGGCUUUUCGGUUUGCACGUGGUUAUGCUCAGGCAAAGACUUACACGUUUGAUUUAAAGACCGGAAAUGCUGUUGUGGAGUACAACGUUUACGUUUUGCAUUAUUAACCAGCCAAUUCUUGAAGAUAUGGAAGCCAUGCAGCCUCGUUCUAAUGUCUUACGAAGCUAUAGUUCUUUAUACAUGCAAUAAAUG